AUCUCUCAUCUUUCCCUCCCUCCCGCUCUCAGGUAAAACAUGUCGUCAUCAUCUAGAUGCUGUUCAACAGGGGUGUUCGUCCUCCCCUCGCUCCUCCUUCUGCCUCUUUUCCUCUCUCUCGUUUUUGGAGUUCAAGGAGCCACACUAAGAGAGCAUCGCCUCAGUGGAAGUGAACCCGUCACUUAUGGACCUGCGUCCCAGAUCCGCCCUCCUCCGAGUGCUGAGAUGCUCAGAGCUCUCCGAUACAUCCAAAGCCUCAGCCAGAGAUCCCCCCCACCUGAUCCCUUUACCGACGAUCGUCAACCAGAAGAAGAAGAGGAUGACAUGGAGAGCAUCCGAUCCAUGCUACAACUGGCAGCGCCAGGCCGGAUGGAUAGAGGCAUGGAGGAGAGAGAGGAAGAAAGAGACAACACUCAAGAGUUGCUUCAAGCUGUGCUUAAGACACUACAACAAACUGAGGAACACAAGAUGCCCAAGAAGGUCAUUGCAACUCAACCUCAAUACACCAUCCACCCCUUUCCAAGGCCAAAACAACAACUAGAGGUCGAAACGCCAGCUGAGAACUAUGGGAGGACCUCAUGGUCCAAUCAAGAAAGCCGGAGACGACACAGGCAGUAUCCAAUUAUGCUUGAGGAUCCGGAGGAUCAGGAACAGCCGCUCAAACGGACCAAUGAGAAUGCGGAAGAACAGUACACACCCCAGAAACUGGCGACCCUUCAGUCUGUGUUUGAGGAACUGAGUGGGAUCUCCACAUCUAAGGUCAACAGCAAACGAGAUGAUGGUGAAGAUGAUGAGGAGGAUGAUGAUGAUGAUGAUAAUGACUUGUACAGGCAGAGGAAGAUGGCCUUGGAGGACAUCAUGGGAACAGACGAAUGGGAACCUCUGGAGGAGCAAAUAGAGACUGAAGAAGAAGAAAGAGAGAGGCAUGGUUUUAAUCGUGACCUUGAGGAUGAUGACCAGGAGGAAGACGAAGAUGAUGUCAAAAGAUCAAACCAAUCCAGCUGGAAAAGGACAGGAAAAGAGGAGGACCCUGAGGACAUCGCAAAGCUUCUGGACUACUAUCUUCUCCAAGUCCUUGAAAAGAAAGAGCAGGAGCAGCAGAAAAGACAAGAGGCCAGCAGGAGCGAGCAAGAAAGCAACCGAGAGAUGGAGAAAAAAGAUGUGGAUGAAGACGAAGAUGAGGAGGAGGAGGAGGAGAGGGAAAUUAAGCCGAUGCACAACACAAUCCCCGAGUCUUUGUCCCAGAUAAUCAAACUCUCACAGCAGCUUCGGAUCCCACCAAAGGAAGUCCUUGACCUUCUUCAAAACGAAAGGCAGAAGGAUUUAUUGGGACAGUCACGUACACCCUACGCAACCACUCACAACACACACAAGACUUUCUCCACAGCACCUCAUCGAGUUUCGCCGCUCGAGACAUCGGAGAGGAACAGCGUCGCCCAGGACAUCCUGAGCAUCCUUGAGUUGGUUAAUGCAGCACAGCAAAACAACAAACGACCAACGCAACCCAACGCGCCACGUUAUUACGAGAGGGAAACCAGCAAGGAUGAUUACGACAACACCGCUGGCGAGGAAGACGAAUUGGCCAGUUACCUGGCAUCUGAAAUGCUCGCACAGGGACAGAGACGUGCACGGCCAACGCCAUUGCGCAACGUGGAUCAACCCCGGUAUGGAAAUCUGGAGCGCGCCGUCCAGGACUACUUUGAUAAAAGCGCGCCAGAAAAAAGAACGGCGGAGCACGAGAACGCAGACAUCGGAUUAGAUAACAACACAAUGAUGAAAAUCAUGAGGUUACUGGAACCGGAGAGCGACAACACCGACGAAACAGACUCUGAGGAAAAAACAGUCCCUGAAAUGUAGAUAACCAUUAUAUUCAUUGUUUAAAUUGGCAUAUAAUAAAGUAUUUUGAAACAAAUAUAUUCCCUAACUGCGUUUAGUCAAUGUAGUGCUCCAGCUUUUCUCAUUUGUCUUCUGUAUAGCGCAAAAUAAAGAGUAUUUUAGUAAACCUGAUUAACUUCUUUCUUAGUUAGUGACAAGAACAUUGUUAAAUGUCACCGGCUUUACCUCUUCAACAUAUGAACACACUCAGAUUUUCUCCCUCUUAAAGACGCCAGCUAUGUUUUUUUUCAGUCAGUAUCUUGUGCGUGUGAUGAGGUCAUGUGUGAUGUGGCAGAGGUAAAUAAAGCAUUUGUUCACACUA